AUGCAUAAAAUGACAGUCGAAUCACAACAGCACAUUUUUGAGACUUUCAAAAAGGCAAAUCAAAGCCAUAUUUUUAAAUAUUACGACCAAUUAACAGUAGACGAACAAACUCAGUUUUUAAGCCAACUAUCAUCUGUUGAAAACCCCUCUAAAUUGGUUGCCACUGUUUCUGACGCUAUCAAAUACUCAUCCUCAAAUUCAUCGAGUAAAAAUUUCACUCAGUUGCCAAAUGAACAAACUGCAUCCACACUUGAUCUCGAUUCCCAAACGUCGCAACACUGGUCAGAAUUGGGGUAUCAAGCUAUUGCCGAUGGAGAGGUAGCUGUACUUUUGAUGGCCGGUGGCCAAGGAACCCGGUUAGGUUCCAGUGAUCCAAAGGGAUGUUAUGAUGUUUCAUUGCCUUCACACAAACCACUUUUCCAAAUCCAAGCAGAAAAGAUUCUCAAGAUUGAACAGUUGGCUCAAAAGAAACUCCAAUUGGAAAAAUUGCCAACUAUAAUGUGGUAUAUUAUGACAAGUGGACCAACAAGAAAAUCUACUGAGAAGUUUUUCACUCAACACAACUAUUUCGGUUUGGAUUCAAAACAAGUUGUUUUCUUUAAUCAAGGCACAUUGCCAUGUUUUGAUUUAUCUGGAGAAAAGAUUCUUCUUCAAUCCAAAAAUGCCAUUUGUGAAUCUCCCGACGGAAAUGGUGGAUUAUACAAAGCAUUAUUAAACAAUGGUAUUUUGGAAGAUAUGGUCAACAAGAAAAUCAAACAUAUACACAUGUAUUGCGUUGAUAAUGCAUUAGUCAAAGUUGCCGAUCCCUUGUUUAUUGGGUUUGCUAUAGACAAGCAAUUUGAUUUGGCUACAAAAGUAGUUCGUAAAAGAGAUGCUAAUGAAAGUGUUGGAUUAAUUGUUCUCAAUGACGAUACGAAGAGACCUUGUGUGAUUGAGUAUAGUGAAAUAUCGCAGGAGUUGGCAGAAAAGAGAGAUCCUCAAGAUGAUUCAAAAUUGUUUCUUCGUGCAGCAAAUAUUGUCAACCAUUACUAUUCAAUUGACUUGUUGACGAAAAUGAUCCCUCAAUGGAUCUCCUCUCAGGAAUACUUACCAUUCCAUAUCGCCAAAAAGAAGAUUCCCUCAAUUGAUUUGAAGACUGAUCAAUUUUAUAAACCAGAAACUCCAAAUGGUAUUAAAUUGGAACAGUUUAUAUUUGAUGUCUUUACGUCAGUCUCGUUGUCGAAAUUUGGGUGUCUUGAAGUUGAUAGAACUGAUGAGUUUUCACCUUUAAAGAAUGCUGAUGGUGCCAAGAACGAUACUCCAACUAGUUGUAGACAGGAUUAUUUGGAAAGGGGAACAAAAUGGGUGAAGGAAAAUGGUGGUGAAGUAGAACAAGGCGCACUUGUUGAAGUUGAUCCAUUGACCAGUUAUGGUGGUGAAGGAUUAGAGUUUGUAAAAGGACAAGUUUUCACAAAUGGUGAUGUUAUUUAA